AUGGGAGGAGUCGGCAUUGAAAUGACUCCAGAAAUAAAAAUACUCGGGCUGACCGUAGACCAUAAGUUAACAUUUAACGCUCACGUCUCGCAAGUUUGUAAGAAAGCUGCAAAUAUAUAUAAACAAUUAACGAGAGCAGCCCGCGUAAAUUGGGGACUCAGCCCAGAGGUAAUCCGCACAAUAUACACCACGGCGGUCGAGCCCGUGAUCCUGUACGCUGCAGCAGCAUGGGCACCAGCGGCCAGAAAACUUGAAGUCCGCAAAAAAUUUAAUGCCAUCCAGAGAGGAUACGCACAAAAAAUGUGCAAGGCCUAUCGGACUGCAUCCCUAAACUCCACGCUCAUACUUACAGGGACGCUCCCUCUAGAUCUCCGGCUACUGGAGGCAGCGUCACUGUAUGAAGCCAAAAAAGGAAUCUCACCUCAAUACCAGCUGGCUGAUAGAGAAGUCGAAAAAAUGGCACAAAAAAUGUCGGCACCACAUCCAGCAGAGCAAACCGGACUACAGUUCGAAAAUCUGGAAGACGAGGAACAAUACUCGCGUCACAGUGACUACGCAGUACGCAUAUUUACAGACGGGAGUAAGAUUGAAGGCAAAGUGGGAGCGGCGCUGUCAAUCUGGAAAGAUGCCGGAGAAACCAGGGCCAUCAAACUUACUCUCUCACCGUACUGUACAGUCUACCAAGCAGAACUGCUAGCAAUAACCAAGGCCACAGAAGUCGCUCUGAAAAACAAAGAGACGAGCAUCGGCAUAUACAGCGACUCAAGAUCGGCACUACAGAGUGUGACCAACACAGGUUCCACCCACCCUCUGGCAGUCGAGGCCAGGAGCAAUUUGAGAAAUUGCAGACUUCAGAAUAAAAAUAUAUCCUUAUUCUGGAUAAAGGCACACGCAGGGUUGGUGGGUAAUGAAAGAGCCGACGAUCUCGCUAAAGACGCAGCCUUAAAAAGCAAGAAAAGGCCGGAGUACGACAAAUGUCCCAUAUCGUAUAUCAAGCGAGAAAUUCGUGCUGAAACCAUAAAAGAAUGGGAAAACAGCUGCUCACUGGCCAUGGAGGAUUCUCCUCAUACUUGUACCGAUUCAAGUGUAAGGAGGACCCUUCAUGCAUCUGCGAACCUGGGACAGAGGAAACUGUCCAGCAUGUCAUCCUAG